UGUCAUCACUUGUUUGAUAACUAUCUCUUCCUCAAAUCACUAAAAAGCCAAGCUUCCCUUUCCAAUAACCUUCCUUGAGACACAGGGGAGGCCUUCAGCACCUUCAGCAUCAAGAGAUCUCUGAUUCAUUAGAAACUUUUCACUAGUUCAAUCUGUGGAGUUGAAGACUCACUUUCCAAACACUCUCCAGGAAUGGGCUCUUCUCUUCCUUAAGAUCUCUAAUCAAUAAGAUGAGAAGUAAAGGAUACUAAGAAAUUAGCUCAGGAUGAUGGGGAAGGAAGUCCCUGUAAAGAGGAGCCGCCCCAUUGUCAGCCUGGAAUGCAUGUUCUCCAGAUCUCUGGACUUUAUCCACCAAAGCAUGUUCCUUGGAACCAAGGGCUGAUGAAGUCUGUCAGGGACUACUAAGAAGGCAUCAUCCACACCCUUCUUCCUCACUGAGCAAGAGCAACAGCUGAACCAGGUGGAUAAACUGACCCUUCAGCUACAGAUGAUAACCAAUGAGAGGAAUGAACUGCUUGAAUUCCUGGCCCUUUAUAAAAACAAUGAGUUGAACAACAGGCUGAAAUCUGAGCUUGAGAUGCUGAAAACACAGCAUAAGAAGGAGAUAUCAGAUGUGAAGAAAUUCCCCAAGGAGAUUUGUGAGGCCUUGUACAAGUGCAAGGAGCUGAGUGAGAAGACCAACUCCUACAGCACCCUCUACAGUCAGCUCCUGAGGGAAUGGACUCAGCUAAAGGAAAAAGUGAGCAUGUUGAAAAAGAACAACAGAAAGCUGCAUGGGGAGCAGAUUUUACUACAAGAGUCCUGUGAGGAGGCGAGGAGGCUCAGUGUGGAGGCCCAUGAGAAGAUCUAUGACCUCUGGACAAAGCAGCAACAGGUAGGUUGAAGCAGCAGGGCCAAGCUGCCCACCUGUCUAACCAUACACACACAUAUACACACACCCAUGUAACCAUCUACUCACUUAUCCACCUGACCCAUCCCAUCCAACAGUUCAUUUCUGUGAUCAUUCACAAGUCAUUCUGGGGAGUUAGCCUCUUGGAAGGC